AUCUGUGGGAUUUAGACUCACUGCUGCGAUCAUGAGCGCUUCAUUCCGGAUCUGUCUGCUCAGGAUUUGGUCAUGUAGUUUCUGAAGUGAUCCACAGCGACGGUGGACUGAGAUUUUCUACAGACUGAAGGAGAUUGCUGUGGGUUUUGAGGAUGUUUUUAUUAAUUCUUUUAUCAGCUGUAGCUCUGUGUGGAUGUGCACAAUAUUCCAGCGACCAGUGUAACUGGAGAGGAAGCGGCCUGACGCACGAGUCUCAUGCGCGGGACGUGGAGCAGGUGUACCUGCGCUGUGCUGAAGGCUCUCUGGAGUGGCUUUAUCCCACUGGAGCCGUCAUCGUCAACCUGAGGCCCAACCUGCCACCGGCUGACGGCCACCUACGCGCCUGCAUCAAGCCGCGGCCAGAUUCACGCGGAGCCACGCUGUACGUGGAGCGGGCCGGAGAGCUGCGGCUGCUGCUGACGGAGGAGGAUCAAACGGCGGGACGCGUGCGCUGCUUUAGUCUGCAGGAGGGGGCGCUGUUCGUGGAGGCGUCCGCACGGCGGGACAUCAGCAGGAGAAUCACAGCGUUUCAGUAUCAACUGAUCUCCACACAGACGCCCGGAGACGAGACCUACUCGCAAACAGCUGCAUGCAGACCCUGCGCUGACGACGAGCUGCUGAUGGCGAUUUGCACCAGUGACUUCGUGGUGCGCGGCAGUAUUCAACACGUGGAGGAGGAUAAUAAUGAUGAAGAUCAGGCGUCAGUGGUGUUGUCGUUGAGUCACGUGUAUCAGCAGAAGAGCCGUGUGUUUGUGUCCGGAGGCGGGGGGCGCGGGCGCGGCCGGUGGACGGGUCACGUGAAGAUGCCGCGACGGUGCGGCCCACGGGCGGGACAGGGCGAGUUUCUCUUCACGGGAGCUGUGCGGUUUGGGGAAGCGUGGCUACGAUGUGCUCCACUCUAUAAAGACUUCAUCAGACUGUACCGCGCAGCUCUGGAUGUGGGAACAAACCCCUGCCGCAUAGACACAGACUGAGACACAGACGCACACAUCAAACCUCUGCUGGUCACAUUUUAUCCUGAAAUCAAAAUAAAUAAAUAAAAUUAGGAUUUUUUUUUUUUUUU